AUGCAUACCCUUCAGCUAUCAGCCCUGGCAGCUAUUGUUCUGCCUGGGCUCUCGGUGCGAGCGGCUCCUAACCCGCCCUUGCAGAACUCCACUGCGACUCAAAACCCCCUCUUAAGCACUAGCUUUGGCAUCCCCGGGCAGGACUAUGAGUUCGACUACAUUAUCGUGGGCGGCGGUCAGGCCGGCCUCACAGUUGCUGGCAGGCUGGCUGAGAACAGGGAUCUCAGUGUGGGCGUGAUCGAGGCUGGCAGCUUCUACGAGAUCACCAACGGCAACCUCAGCGAGAUUCCGUCCUACGAUAACUGGUACACCGGCAAAGACAUGGACAACUGGCACCCGGGUGUUGACUGGGGCCUCGUCACUGAGCCCCAGGAGGCACUUCUCAACGCGCGGGCCCACUAUCCAAGAGGUCGCGUGCUGGGUGGAUGCAGCGCACGCAACUACAUGACCUACCAUCUUCCUACUCGGGGGUCCCUUGAGCAGAUGGCAGAGGCGGCCGACUCUGAUGCCUACAUAUUUGACAACUUCUUUCCUUACUUCACAAAAUCCCAGAACUUCACACCACCAGUUGGCGGCACCUUUGACCGGUUCGCAAACUCAACACCCGACUACGACCCGGCCAUGCUCGGCACCGAUGGGCCUCUGUCAGUGCUUUAUCCCAAAUACGCACAGCCCUUUGGCAGUUGGGCGGCAAUGGGCUUCGAGGCCAUCGGACUGCAUUCGCAGAGCGGUUUCGAGAGCGGCGACCUGUCAGGUGCCUAUGCCUACCCUCUCGCGACGAUCCGGAACGACGACAACACUCGCGAGUCGUCUGAGACAGCUUUCCUCCGGCCACACCUCAAUGUGCGCCAACCUAACCUGAUCACUUUCAUAUCAACCAUGGCUAAGCGUGUCCUGUUCGACGAGAACAGGCGGGCCACAGGCGUCCUCGUCGACACUCAAGGUCUCCAGUACACUCUGCGCGCACGCAGGGAGGUCAUCGUGUCUGCCGGUUCUUUCCACAGCCCCCAGCUCCUGAUGGUAUCGGGUAUCGGGCCCAGGGCCACACUGGAGGAGCACGGUAUCGAGGUGAUCCAGGACAGCCCUGGUGUAGGCCAGAACAUGAAGGACCACGUCCUCUUCGGCAGCACGUACAGGGUCAACGUUGUCACCGGCUCUGCCUUUGGUAAUCCUGAGCAGCGGGCUCUGUUCGAGGAGCAGUACGCGCACGGAAAUGGGCCCAUGACCAACCCAGGUAUUGACAUUCUCGGCUGGGAGCGUCUUCCUCGAAACAACCUCACCAACUCUACCAUCUCAACUCUGGACUCGACCUUCUCGGCCGACUGGCCUGAGGUUGAGUAUCUCCCCAACGGGGGCUACUUCGGUAACGCAACCAACUUCCAGACCAACCAGCCCCAGGACGAGUACCAGUACGCAUCCGUCAUCGCGGGUCUCGUGGCGACGCUUUCAACCGGCAACGUGACCAUCCAGUCCAACGACACGGCCGAUCACCCCAUCAUCAACCCCAACUGGCUAAGCCACCCCGUCGACAUGGAGGUUGCCAUCGCCGCCUUCAAGCGCACCCGCCAGGUCUGGGAGUCCCCGGCCAUGCAGCCCCUUCUGGUGGGAGAAGAGUACUUCCCCGGCCCCGGCUUUGUGACUGACGAGGACAUCUGGCGCCACAUCCAGGCGAGCUUCUCGCCCAUCUUCCACGCCGCCUGCACGUGCCGCAUGGGCCCCGAGGGCGACAGCAUGGCUGUGCUCGACGCCCAGGCAAGGGUCCGCGGUGUCGAGGGCCUGCGUGUUGUGGACGCCUCGAGCCUGCCCAUUCUGCCUCCCGGGCAUCCGAUGUCUGUCAUCUACGCACUCGCUGAAAAGAUCGUCGAUGACAUUCUGAACGGCAACUAA